AGUACAGGAGGGAGUGCUUUCACCAGUGAGAGUUUCCGAGUGGGCUACGCCCGUCGUGCCCGUAGUGAAGCGAAACGGUGAUAUUAGACUUUGCGGCGACUUCAAGCUAACCGUUAAUCAGGCGACACAUCUGGAACAGUACCCGUUACCGAAAAUUGAGGACAUCUUCGCAUCUUUGUACGGGGGGGAGUUGUUCACCACUUUGGAUUUGCGGCAUGCGUAUAAUCAACUUCCACUGGACGACGAGGCACGAGAAAUGGCCGUGUUGAACACACACAAAGGGUUGUUUGCAUACAACCGCCUCGCGUUCGGAAUUGCAUCGGCUCCGGCUUUGUUCCAGCGCCGCCUCGAGUCCGUUCUGCAAGGCCUCCCGCGCGUCAAGGUGUACUUGGAUGACAUCAUUAUAGCCGAAAAGCAGAACGACAACUCAACUCUCCGGCAAGUCCUCGAGCGGCUGCGCGACAAUGGACUCAAGUUGAACCGUGACAAAUGCAGGUUCCGCGAGAAGCAAGUUUCGUUUUUGGGCCACAAGAUCGACGCAACUGGCCUACACCCUCCUGAGAAUAUGGAAGCCAUCACCGAGGCACCAAGACCGGAGACGGUGAGCCAGCUAAAAUCCUUUUUGGGAUUGCUCACUUAUUACGCAAAGUUUUUGCCUAACCUUGCAACCACCUUAGUCCCACUCUACAGGCUGCUGGCUAAAGGAGUUCGAUGGCAAUGGAAAGCCGAACACGAGAAAGCCUUCCAGGCAGCCAAGCGCGCUAUGGUGGCAGCGGAACUACUCGUGCACUACGACCCCGAAAAGCCGUUGCGGCUUGAAUGCGAUGCCUCGCCAGUUGGAGUUGGCGCGGUGCUGUCACACCGAAUUGGGAACACAGACUAUCCCAUAUCGUUCCGUUCGAGGGCACUGACACCUGCUGAGCGGAAUUACUCACAAUUGGAGAAAGAAGCACUGGCCUUGGUGUUCGGCGUUACUAAGUUUAGAGAUUACUUGUUGGCGAAGCAUUUUACUCUGGUGACGGAUCACAAACCACUGACCGGACUGUUUCACCCGGAGAGGCCGAUACCGCACAUGGCAGCAGCGAGAAUUCAACGAUGGGCAUUGCUACUGUCGGCUUACCAUUACGACAUCGAGUACCGCCAAGGACAGCUAAAUGCUAACGCAGACGCUCUCAGUCGCCUUCCACUGCCAUGCGUAGGUGACCGAGGAGGGCAAGAACCCAUGGAAUACGUGCUUUAUACGCGGAGCCUCAAUUCCAUGACCCUUUCCGCUCAGCACUUAGCGGAACUGAGCCGAUCGGACGAUACGCUGCAUCAGAUCAGGGGGUGGAUCACGCAUGGCUGGCCGCGGCAGUUAUCGGUGGCACAGCAACACCUGAUGCCAUACUUUUCUCGCCGUAACGAGCUCACGGCCUGUCACGAAAUGCUUUACUGGGGCCAUCGAGUAGUGCUGCCAGAGGCGGCGCGACGAUGCAUGCUAAAGGAACUGCACGAAAGUCACCCCGGUAUCAGUGCCAUGAAGCGCACAGCGCGAGCGCUUUUUUGGUAUCCUGGACUAGAUAGGGACAUCGAAGUGUUGGUUAAAAGCUGCCCUCAGUGUAUACAAUGUUGGCCCAUGCCGGCUGCUGAAGUUCCGUCUCCAUGGCCGGCGAGCAACAAACCAUGGUACAGGUUGCAUAUGGACUUCGCGGGCCCCAUCAGUGGCUUCCAAGUUUUUGUGUUGGUGGAUGCCGACACGAAGUGGAUUGAGGCCAUACCUUUGAAGACCGCCACAGCGGAGACGACCAUUCAAGUACUUCAAGGUAUUUUCGCACGUUUUGGCCUGCCCUACUGCUUAGUAUCUGAUAACGGACCACAGUUUUCAAGUGCCACUCUGUCCAGUUUCUUGAAGGAAAGCCAAGUGAAACACAUCAGGACAGCCCCGUACCAUCCUCAGUCAAAUGGGUUGGCGGAACGGGCUGUACGGACAGUGAAGGAAGGGCUUCGAAAGAAUCCGGCAGGUACAUUGCAGGAGCGACUAAUCAAGUUUUUAUUUCGUUAUAGAACGACACCAUUGGAAGGAGGAAAAUCGCCCGCCGAACUGCUGUUGGGCUUCCGUCCCCGAACCAGGCUGACAGCUUCACUGACAGACAAAAAGGUGACAGAAAAUGAUUGUUCCGCCGGGCCUGUUCUAGGAGCAGCAACAGCGCCAACACGGUAUCAACCUGGCAGGCAAGUAUGGUCACGCCAGUUUCAGUCUGCUCGGAAGUGGAUGCCGGCGACAGUAGUGUCCACGACGGGAGCACGCAUGGUUACAUUGGAAACACCGGAGGGACCGCAGCGGCGCCACGUAGACCAACUCCGGCCACGGCUCGGCACAGGGUCGUCACCUAGCAAGCCGAGCGAAGUCCAGACCGGCGACGAAGCUCAGUGUAGCGCCGAGCAGGCCGCAGCUCGUGAAGGUUCGGACGCACGGGUUGUCGGCUCUCAAGCCGAAGACCAACAGCCACCACGUCGUUCGACUCGCCUACGGAAGCCCCCAGAUCGUCUCACUUACUCCAGCUUAGGGGGAAGGGAUGUAGUGUUAUCAAGCACGCGUGAUGUAACGUUAUCAAGCCCGCGUGCUGAUGUAUAGCAUGAGCAAGACAGAUUACACGUGUCGCACUCUUGCUAUCAUGUCCAGUCAUGUGACCCUUUUCUGUUUCGUAUAAAACUAGCAACACCAAGCAAUAAAGCGUUCUUUGAUCUGCCACU